CUAGGUCAGGUUCACACACACACACACGCAAGUACACACACCAAGUACACAAAAAAAAACUCUCGCAUCCGUACAACCCCCGCGCAACGAUUCUCUCUCGAUGACAGUCGUAACGGAGUCAAUGGAAAAGAAAAAGUCAUUAGUCACUGUUUGUCCCUGAAGUUUUCCAGUAUCAACCAAGACGUGGUUUUCCUGCGUCCCGAAGGAUCCUAUAUAAAGCAGCAUGCUGGGCUCAAGUGACAUCUGCUAAUAAUAAACUUACUCUACAACUGCUCAACCAAGCCAUGGACCUCCUCAGACCAGUUAUUAAAGAAAAGGACAACGGCAUGCUUCUCCACUCACCAACCAAUGAUAUCAAGGAGUGCUGCUCUCAGUCUGCUCUCCAGUGCUUCAAGAAUGGCCUGAGCACCAUCAUCCAUAAGAAUACACCGAAAAUGAACAUACUGAUGAAGAAACUGCACAGAAAUCUGAGCAAGCUUACCAAUAUGAAUAGCAUGAACACCUGCACUGAACAGGAAAUAAAGAAUGUCAUGUGCAUGCCCUGUGACUCCUACCCAACGGUCAACAGCAAAGAAUUUCUGACUAAUUUACAGUCGCAUCUGCAGAAGGCUUACACUCUCCAGCUUCAAAAAGCAUGAUGAUGAUGAUGAUGAUGAUGACGUGAAUGUGUGGACGACACUACCUCAUGAAACCCUGAUCUAAAGCACUCUGGAUCAAUUCAUUUAUUUAUUGCCUAUUUAUUUAUUAUUUUUAAAAUUUCUUUUUGUAUUACAAUAUUCUGAGAAAUGCCUUAAUAUUUGUAGAAUUUCUGAUAUGUUGGCAGUGCUGUUCAGCAGUUUUCUUUCGGGUAAUUUUAAUUAAUACUGUGUUCACAUUGUAGGAUAUGAUACAUUUCUCCACGUAUAUACUGUAUGAUAUAGUAUUAAUAGUUAAAAACCAGUACAAGAGAAAAUACUCAAAAGAAGACCUGAUGCUGCUAUAGCACCUCCUAAUGCAUGGGCAAAAUAAUGACAUUUUUUGCACUUGCAUGCUCAGGUCUUUUCCAAGACAGCAAAAAAUAAAAUAAAGUAAAAAGUUUGGUUCACAUUGUCAACUGAAGUAUCUUCAAGAAUGAAAGAAACAAUGUCUCAUAAUGAGAUUUUAUGUAUUACAU